CAGUGAAAGGGACACUGUCCCUUUCCGAAUCCCUCUGUCGCACUUGAUCCCAGUCGAAAUAAUCUAACGAUAGGGACGGGUCAACUUGGUCAAAUAGAGGAAUCAAUCAAAAAUAAUCGCUGUUAGUAGUGCUUACUCAUAGCUUGAAGUAUGGUAAAGUGAACAUUGGGAUAUUCUUGGAUUUUUUUUUCUUUACAUCGACCGUUGAGGGGGUAGGCUACUCGUGGAGUUAAAAGGCGGACCACUUGUGUUUUCCCUGGUUCUGUCAGAUGAACAAGUCGUAAGAAGUCGAUACCACUCGCGCAUUUUUCCAGCUGACAUCUUUGUGUUAGAUACAGAGCCAUAAAACCCUGUCUGCAGAUGAAGAGGUCCCAAUGAAUGUCACAAGAAAAUAAGGCAAAGGAAAGCUCCCCCUGUCAUGGCUGCUCCAUCCUUCCUCCUCCUCUUCCCCCUGGGUUUGCUGUCUGCUGUGAGAUCAGUCUCGCUGAUGGACCCUGGCUCUAUGACGUCAUCAGAUCCCUCCGUCCAGGCUCCUCAUUUGACUGGGUGUAAGUCCAGGGAACAGGAGACGUUUAGGUGUUGGUGGAGUCCCGGAAGCUUCCAGAAUCUCACGGAACCCGGAGCACUGCAAAUCCAGUACUGGAAGAAGAAUGACUUGACGAAGGAAUGGAAGGAGUGCCCUGACUACUCCUCCUCUGUGAAGAACGAGUGCUUCUUUAAUAAGAACAACACGGUUAUCUGGAUCAAAUACUGUGUGCGGCUCCACUCUGAACGCCAGAACAAAACCUACGAUACCUUGUGCUUCGAAUUGCAGGACAUUGUGCACCCUGACCCGCCAGUGGCUCUGAAUUGGACGCUGCUGAACAUCAGCCGGUCGGGCCUGAACUAUGACAUCAUGGCGAGCUGGGAACCCCCGCCCUCGGCCGACGUAUCCGUUGGAUGGUUGACACUGGUGUAUGAAGUCCAGUACAGGAGGAGGAACAGCUCACACUGGAAAGUGUUGGAGCAUGAGUUUGGCACCAAGCAGUCUAUCUACGGCCUUCAGACAGGAGAGGCGUACGAGGUGCGUGUGCACUGUGCAAUGAGGGCCUUCAAUAACUUUGGGGAGUUCAGUGAUGUCAUCUUUGUCCACGUGCCAGAGAUUCCCAAUAAAGAGUCAACGUUCCCUGUGACUCUGGUCCUGAUCUUCGGGGCUGUGGGCGUGGCCAUUCUCCUCAUGCUCAUCAUCUUCUCUCAGCAGCAGAGAUUGAUGGUGAUUCUGCUGCCUCCUGUCCCUGCACCCAAAAUCAAAGGGAUAGAUCCAGCACUGCUUAAGAAGGGAAAGCUGGACGAGCUGAACUUCAUCCUGAGUGGAGCUGGUAUGGGGGCUCUCCACUCCUACCCCCCGGACCUGUACCAGGACGUGCCCUGGGUGGAGUUCAUCGAGCUGGACGCAGACGAGCCUGAGCCUGGGGAGAAGGACAACCAGAGCUCAGACUCACAGAGACUGCUGGGUCACAACAACCACCACACAAACCAUGGCUGCUUUCAUGGCCCCAGUAUCCCUGAUGAUGACUCUGGCCGGGCCAGCUCCUAUGAUCCAGAGCUGCCUGACCAGGAGACCCUGAUGUUAAUGGCUGCCCUCCUGUCCUGCCAACCCAACAAAGUUGAGCCAUGCUUGCGGAACUGUAGCCACUCAAGCACCCCAUCCCUAGAUGUGCUGGAGGUCCCAUGCCCCGGGCUCCAGGCUCCAGACUUACCUCCAGAGGGAGGGGAGAGGCACCUGGUCCAGACCCAGCUGGGAGGCCCUCGGAGCUGGGUUAACAUGGACUUCUAUGCCCAGGUCAGCGAUGUGACGCCCACCGGAGGGGUGGUGCUCUCGCCAGGCCAGCAGGUCGGAGCCCCGGAGAACACUCCAACAACAGAGAAGGAUAAGAAGGGAAAAAUGGAGGGAGGAGAGGAGGAGAGUGAGGAAGAGGGGGAGAGGAGAACAAACAAGCUGAAGUUUCAGCUGCUGGUGGUUGCUCCUGAGGCAGGGGGCUACACGACAGAGAGCAGUGGCCGGCAGAUGAGCACCCCUGACCCCUCCUCACCUGGGGAGGUCUACCACACCUUCCCCCCACCUUCUGCUGAGAGCAAGCCCCACCAGGAGGCCUAUCUUCCUGCUACCACCCUCCUAGGGGACUACCAGUCCCCCUACAUCCUUCCUGACUCCCCCCCUGCUCAGUUCCUCCCCCCUGUUUCGGACUACACUGUGGUUCAGGACGUUGAUUUCCAGCACAGCCUUCUCCUCAACCCCCCUUCCCCCCAGAGGUCCCCUACCUGUUCCCCACAACCUCCCUCCAAGCCCCUGCCCGUCAUGCCCAUAGGGUACCUCACCCCAGACCUGUUGGGCAACCUCUCGCCUUAAGAAAACUACACCGCCCAGGAGGACUUGGGGCGUAGAGGUUGGAGGCCACUUGUCAUGAAGUCAAUAAUCAUCACAGACAGCCUUGUUCUACUUGAUCAAUGCUGGAAGCCAAAUAUCUCACGGGACAGACUCGACAACAAGCAUGGUUGUUUGUUUGAGAGUUUGCUUGAAGGGAAGCUGAGGAAGAGAAAUGUUUAGUUGUUGUGUUUGGCUUUUAUGAGUGACUGGAACUUGAGGAAAGAGCUUCUGUAAAAUUGGCCUUUCUGGUUUGACAGAGCUUAAAGUAAUACGUGAACAGAUCUUACUGUGUUUCUUUCUAAGACUGAGACACCGAAAAACCCACAGUCUGAAACCUUGAAAUGCACGGUUCUCUAAUAUACACACAGAUACACUUAUGCACCAUACAUACACAGACAGACAAGCUCAGACAUGGUUCUAGUUCUAUGUUACCUGAUACUUCAAUAUAUCUGUUGUUUGACUGAUGAGGUGCAAUGUAAACAUUUGCCUUGCAGACACACCUAGUCCCACCUUAAUGUAUAAAUAUCUACGUUUAACAUAUACAUAUUUAAUAUUCUAGCUUAUUGGUUUAAGUCUUAAUUUGACUGUAGAUGGAUCCAAUAACAACAUGUCUGGGAGAAUAACAAGCACAUCUACUUGCCAUUUAUACAAACACACCAACUUUAACAUCAUCGUUAUGGCCCCAUUAAUUGACAGAACACUUGAGUGUGCUGUUUGUCAAACUUAGCGCUACAGCGAGCAGUGACUAUUAGUAACUACGGUCAUUCAUUUUGCGCUCAUUAUUUUGCUUAAUGGCAUAUUUUCAUGCUUAUAUUUCUCUUGCAUCCUUUUUGCGGCAGAGUCAUCUAAUUAUUACCAGACUGAGGUCAGUUUUUAACACGGCCAUUAGACGACCUGCCUGCACUCACUGUGACAACUCAGACACCGGUCACUAUAAUAAACAGAGAACAAGAAAACCCGUAACACCAAGCAGAUUUCACUUACAGCGUAGACUUAAUUCUCACAAUAUAGGAAAGACUGCUUUUAUAUGUUCUACUUUCUGACUUUGCAUUAAUUGUAAAUGCAGGGACAAUAGAGCUCCACAGUGGAGGUGUCGUCAUAACCAUAAAACCUAGUGGUCAAACAGGGAAAUAGUUCCAAUCAUUCAUUUUCCACCAUAGGGGAUUUUUAGAAACACUUAAAAUAAGGGUUGUGUUUCGUGUAGGCUUUCCCUGGCGUGGCGUUUUGAUAACCUUGUAAAUCUCACGGACAAGGUGACUUUAUCAAUAUAUUCAGAUCUAUUCACGCUCAGAAUCGAAAAAUGCUAAUUUAUGUCAAAGCAGACAUGCAAAACUACAAAUCCCUGCAGGCUCCUGCACGUCGUCUCCAGCUGACACCUUUGCUAACAGAUAUUGUGUCAAUUUAAAAUUUGCACAAGACAGUUCAUAGAAUUCUCUGUUUAAAGAAAUGUUGCCAAUAUAUUCAUUACUACAUUUGGCUAACAAUGGUUCAUCCAGAGAUUCUCACCUUUGCCUAGAUUUGGCAGUCUUGUCCAGAUCAUCAUGGCAUUUGUAGUUCUUUAUGAUAGUGACAUAAGCAUGAAUUAGCAUUUCAUUUUUGUGCAGGUAAAUACAGUUAAAUAUAUUGAUAAGACACCUUGUCCUUGAGAGAUUUAUAUGGUUCUCAAAACGUCAUGCCAGGAUAAACCUACACGAAACACAGCCCUUAGUUGACCUAUUUCUAAAAUCCCCUAAGGGAAAGAUUUAUGGUGGGAAAAGGAUUGGAAUCAUUUCCCUGUUUGACCACUAGGUGUUAUGGGUAUUAUGACUCAUACUGUGGUACUACUCUAUGACUGGAAAUGUGAAAAGGGGUAGUUAUAAUAUUUGUCUGUUUCUAAAUGUAAUGUGCUCUCGCUUGCACUUUAUAAUGAUAGUAAAAUGAGCUCCUUUUGAUGUUGUGAAAUAUGUACUUAGAAGCUCAGAGCUUUCUAUACGCCCACAACCUUACAAACAUACCCAGGCACGCACACACACAGAAGGGGAAAGGAUAGUAUCCACUCUUCUUUUGAGCUGACAUACACACACACUGUCGUAAAGGACAACAACUGGCUGUGAACAGGAAAUGUAACAUUAAAACAAAGAACACAUUAUCAUAUUUGAUUCAUCUGCAUUAGUAAUUACAGGGGAAUGCUAUGAUCCCUUAAUGAUGUCACUUGUUACAUCCACUUCAAUCGGUGUAGACGAAAGGGAGUUAACAGGUUAAAUAAGGAUCUGUAAGCCUUGAGACAAUUCAGACAUGGAUUGUGUAUGUGUGCCAUUCAGAGGGUGAAUGGGCAAGACAACAGAUUUAGGUGCCUUUGAACGGGGUACGGUAGUAGGUGCCAGGGCCAUUGGUUUGUGUCGAGCUGCAACGCUGCUGGGUUUUUCACCCUCAACAGUUUCCCGUGUGUAUCCAGAAUGGUCCACCACCCAAAGGAUAUCCAGCCAACUUAACACAACUGUGAGAAGCAUUGACGUCAACAUGGGCCAGCAACCCCGUGGAAUGCUUUUGACACCCUGUAGAGUCCAUACCCCGACAAAUUGAGGCUGUUCUAAGGGUAAAUGGAGAUGGGGGGGUGCAACUCAAUGUUAUGAAGGUGUUCCUAAUGUUUGGUAAACUCAGUGUACAUGUAUCAUCACUCAAUUUGCUUAAAGUCUGUAUUUUGCAUUAGUAAGAAAUGUUUCCAUGUAUUGUGAUUGUUGUUUAUACAUCAUGCUGUUUUUUGUUGUCUUGUUUUAGUUUUCUACCUUAUGCGCAUUGAGCGUGGAAAAUACACACUACAAAUGAAAUAUUAUUAUCAUCAUCAGAAAGAUGAUCUUGAUCCACAAGAGAACCAUCAGCUCCAGAGGAUAUGUGUCGUCCCACUGAACCAAAACUGGCUGAAUCAACAUUGUUUCCACGUCAUUUCAACAAACAAAUUCAAUGUGAUUACUUUGAGUCAGUGUGGAAAACUGAUUGGAUUUGCGAAGUUUAUUUGUAUAACUGGGAUCCAUUCAGCCUGUACAAACUGCAUCAUAAGGACUAAAAGCCUCUCUGUAAGUGCAGGAAAUCUGUGAUUAUUUUGUGUUCACUACAGGAACUCUUGAACUUGACGAUUCGCAUGGCUUUAUCACAAAUACAACAGCAUAGAAUAAGCUAUUUUAGAUUGAAGCUGUGACACAGCCCUUGCCAAUCAAACCUUAAGACCAGGUUUCUGAGGUAAAUAUGAAACAUAUAUUAUGCCGGCACAGCAAGAAUGUUCACUUGUGGAUUCAUCUAUUUAACAAUUAAUGAAUGAUAGCAUGUGUCUAAAAACAGUUAUCGUUCACAACCUGUGCAAAUGUGCCUCUCUCUUUUUCUCUCUCUGCUACCAGCAUGUAAACAUUGAAAAAUAAAUGUCUUAAUAUAUCUCUACUAGUGCUGUAACAACUACUGUAUUAUGUAUGUUGUAUUUUGUCUUGUUACUAGUCAGAAAUAUUGCUGCUCGGCACAUUUCCUGUCUGCAUUCAGCCUUGCCACGGGCUUAUUCAGGCGGAUGUAACUUCAUAGAAGGUUGAAAUAGAAAUGCAUUAUCAUGGAACAGACAUUGUUCUAUGUUGUGUAGUAGAAUAUGAAAGCAUUGGAAUCAGCUCUAUUCGUUGCAUUUCUAUAUGCAACAUUCUAAAACUUUGCAAUUAACUGAAUAAGCCAGAGGUGCCUAUGUGUAUGUACACUAUAAGGAAAGCUCUAUCAGAUUAUUUAGACAAGUACUGCUAAGGUUUAGUCUGUUGGACGUUGGUAAAUGUUUGUAUAGUGGAAUGUGCAAUGCGACAUGGACGUGGUUUGUAGCAUCCAAGGUUGCUAUACCCAAGGUGUAACACUUUACCUUACACCCAGAGUCAUAACACAUUAUGGCACAGUCAUAACCUGUCAUAACAUGCUCAUAUCACUGUCAUGACCCAUAGAUUUACACCUGUUGUGACAUAUUAUGCAUUAUUUUGUGGCUGGUUCUGACACCUACAUAAGUGUCAAAACACACAUUUAUUCAAAUGAGUUUUUUCCAUGCCAAAUAGUUUCCUUUUUUUGAAAGUUUUGAAUUUUAAAUUAUGUUUUGUUGUUGCAAUGAAUUCUUUACAGUAAUGUUUUUUUAUUAUCAGAUUUUAAUUAACUUGAAGAAAAUACACUUUAUGACACUGUCAUGAAGCAUUAUGACCAUCCUGUGUCAUUUUACUUGGAUUAAGAAAAUACACUUUAUGACACUGUCAUGAAGCAUUAUGACCAUCCUGUGUCAUUUUACUUGGACUAAGAAAAUACACUUUAUGACACUGUCAUGAAGCAUUAUGACCAUCCUGUGUCAUUUUACUUGGAUUAAGAAAAUACACUUUAUGACACUGUCAUGAAGCAUUAUGACCAUCAUAAUCAUAUAAGCCUCGUACAUGUCCUAAUGUCAGAUACCAGUCAAAAAGAGAGUGUCUUGUCCGCCUCCUGCGUUGGAGGUAGGUAAUACUGUGGACCCGUAGGCUGUGGUGUAAUGGAAUGUUUUGCCUUGUGUGGUACAUUAGGUUUUGUGGGAUUUGACAUUCUUAUGUAGGUGUCAUAACCAGCCAUAAAAUAACGCAAUAUAUGUCACAAUGGGUCUAAAUAUAUGUGUCAUGACAGCGUUAUGACCAUAUAACAUGUUAUGACGCUGGGUGUCAAGUAAAGUGUUACCAUUCAAGGUUACCAGACAUUUGUUUACCAUUUGUGUCAGUAAUUUUGCCAAUGUACCUUAUGUUAAAUUGAAUACUAAGGUGUCAAUAUUAGCUCAAUUAUUUGUGCUUUGGAAUAUUAGACACUGUAUGAAUUAGGCUGUUAUAUAUCCAUAUUUUGUAUUUCAGACGAAGUCAAGUCUGUGAAUUAGUCUGUGAAUUAUCUAUCAUGAAUGCAUAGCAAAGUCUGUUUUAAAAUUGUAUAAGAAUUGAAGAUGGAGACACCUAUUGCCUUGAUAUUCACUACAAAGAUAAGAUAUUGUGUGUUUUGAUCCAUCAGCCAAUAAGAAGCUUUCCUACAGAGUAUUUUGUAUAUGGUGAUACAGUAUAGAUAUUGUAGCACAAGUAUUAUUUCAAGAUAUAAGCCAAUAUCUUAGUCUGAUCGUGCUGUAACUAAACUCUAUAUUGUUUUUGAUUUUUGUACAAUCCCAUGUCAUGGUUGUCGUAAGUGUUUCAUACGUUGACAAUUAAAGAGCCAGAUGAGCAGGAGGGAACUACAGAUAUGAGUUAUAGUUGUUUUUAAAUCGACACCAAGCGUCUGCAUCAGCAGACCAGAGCAUCGACGCUACAGGCUCAGGUUAUGUUUGUUUGUUUGUUAUUUUUAGGCUGAAAGUGUUGAGUUCUGGGAUUUAUUUUGGAGUUGAUUGGCUAUACCUGAUGAAAUUUGACAGGUUCGAGGUGCUUCUGAAGUUCUGCUGCAUUUUUUUCUUUCCUGUUGUUUUCUGUUCAAUAUCUUUCAAAAAGAUUCACAAUAAAUAUAUAUCUUUGUCGGUUA